GCGCUUCGAAAUCCACAGCGUGGAGCCUCCGGUGGGCUCCGAGGAGGGCGGCGCGCGGGUCACGGUGCGAGGCAUCGGCUUUGGAGACGCCACGGUGACCAACCAGGCCCUGAUGAUGGCUGAUACUGGAAUCUUCAAAGACUCUGAGACGCACUCUGGACUAGCAAAG